AUGCCCUUUGAUCAAGAUCUUACCAUUCUCGACCAACACCAUUUAUUAAUCUUAUCAGAUAUAAUAAAAAAGAAUAUGGAACCAACAACAAAUACUUUUGAAAUUAGACCUGCAAACAAAGAAGACAUUCCAAGAGUUCAUGAACUUAUCAAGGAAUUGGCCGAAUAUGAAAAACUCUCACAUAUGGUCAUUGGUACAGCAGAGGAUUUAGAGAAGUUUUCAUUUGGUGAACAUAAAGUAGUUCAUGUUUAUUGUGGUUGGUCUGUUCAAGCAAGUGGUGAAUCAAAGUUGAUCGGUUAUACUCUUCACUUUUUGAAUUACUCUACCUUUUUACAUAGACCAGGAAUCUACUUGGAAGAUAUCUAUAUACAACCCGAGUUUAGAUCCAAAGGCUAUGGAAAGAAAAUGCUUUUACACCUUUGUAAGAUCGCUAAAGACAAUGGAUACGGUAGAGUCGAAUGGCAAGUUCUCGAUUGGAAUAAGCCAUCCAUUGAUUUCUACGAAUCAUUAGGUGCCAAACCAAUGAAAGAAUGGAUUCAAUAUCGUUUGGUUGGUGAUGGAAUCACUCAAUGUGCAAUCAACUUUGAUAAGCUAAACGUCUAA